AUGUGCCGGAUGUCCCGCUGUACGCUCCUUGUUUUGUGCCACUUGGCCCACCUGGCCCACGUGGCUGCCAUGCGGGAAUUGUAUGAUGUGGUUACCAUGGACGACACCAUGGUGUGCGAGUGCAAAGAGGUGAACUCCGUGACGGAUUGCCCGGACUACAAGAUCAAGAAAGACGGCUUCCCGCCCGGCUUCCCUCGUUACUAUCAUGAGAAGGAUCCUAGUAUCGAAGAGUCUGCGUUUGGGAGAGCCAUGGCUGACUUUGAUAAUCUCCAAAUGAGCCCCAAAAAUCCAAGGUGCAUCCGCGCCCCCAAAAAGGAGAUGACCAUUCAGUCGACCUAUGUCGACCUAUGGAAUCGCCAAUUCAUCACAGAGCGAUGCUUGGAAGAAACACGACCGCUGCAGACACGCGGUUGUUGCAGCCUGGUGGGCUCCACCGAGGUCUACGGGGGCGCGUUCCAACUUUUCCUGAGAUCUGCAAAAGUCUAUAGCAUGGCCCACCCGAAGAUGUUACCAAGCGGAAACCCGACCUGGAAGGACUACGAGAAAAAGUCCAAGGUCUUCAUGGAGCCCGAGGGCAUUUAUUUCGCCAAAAUUGCUGGUGGGAAAACCAUUCUGCCCAAGGAACUCCUGCCAGAGAUGGAAGGCAUCAAGAAGCUCAUGAAAAAAGACGGAGAUCUCCAGUGUGAAGAGGAUUUGGCACAAGCUAUCUCAGGGGGUAGUGGCUACUGCCGAGUCCAUAUGAAGGAACCGCUCUGUUGCUGCGCAGCGGAAGACUUGGACAUGGAUGAAAUGCAAUGUCUGGAGAUGGCCUGUGCGCCCAAUGAAAGUCGAGUGCACCUCGUUGCUGACCUGAAGCCGAAACGGGGAUGGGGCCUUGAGUAUGACGACAUAGUGGGGUGGGAUACCAUCUGGUUACCUGACCCUUAUGAAAAAUGCCCCCAACGGCACGAGAACUUCGUGAAAGUCCCAACGAGGGGGAAUAUUCUGUCCUGCGACCGCAACGAGACGAAAUAUACAGGAGGAGUGCUCUUUAAAGAACCCAUCGAACUUUGCGUUGAGGCUGACUUUGAAUUUGGGUGCCCUGCUGGAAAGGUGAUGUAUAGGAGGGUCAAAGGUUGGCAUAUUUUGUACAAUGAGUUUUCCUGUCCUGCGGGACUCAAGAGCAACUUACCAGGUGAUCCUGAGAACGAUUCCAGGUGCAAAUGCGACUGA